CAGUUGGGAGUAGAGCAAGAGACAAAUCCGUACGAAUGUCACAAUGGGUGGUGAUUCGCCGUUUGUUCAAAUUAAAGACGAUGUUUGUAUAUCGGAACCAGAGCGAUUUUUCUUGAUUUGCUUCAGACCUCUCUAGUUUAGUGUUCGUUUCGUUACGCGACUUGGUAAGUUCUAUUUCAGUAGCUUGUUGGUGAGUAAAGUGACCGCUAAGAUAGCAACAAUAAAAACACUCCUUAGGGACAUAAAAAAGUCGCGUGCGAGAAUGCUGAAACAUGUACAUUUUUCGAGCUCCAACUUGGCGCCCUAUCGUUGUAAGACGCCAACCCGAGACAGUGUCAGUCUUAGUUCAACAUUAAGUUUUGGCAGCAGUGCGGGUCAUGAAUUAAUGUCAUCACGAUCUUCCAGCACAUCUAGUCUUCAAGAAAUUAGCUCUCCACCGCAACCUCCCAAGGUGGUGCUGAAAAUCUACACUCGUGUUUUGUGUGCUGACAUGGAAUAUAAAACUCUCUGUAUCAGUCCCGAUACUACGAGCAAAGAAGUAGUUCGAUCAUUACUGAAUAAGUUUCGAAUGAAGCAUCGAGAUCCGAACUUAUUUUAUCUAACAAUGGAAGUAUGGAUGCGGAAAACAGGAGUACCCAUCAGAAGCUUAAUGGUCCUUGACGAUGAAGCUCGACCUGCAGAGCUCCAAGCUUGUCAUCCUCGAGAAGAAGCAAAACAACUUACAUCAUCACGUCCCUUAUGUCGAUUCAUGCUACAGAUGAGAAGAGGAGGUCUGGUCAAAAUUUAUGAUGGUUGUUUAAUGGCCGAGUCUCUGUACAAAAGUCUCCUGGUGUCAGAUCGAACGACUGUAGAAGAACUGAUUCAACUUGUUCUACAUUGCUACAACUCCAUAGAGAGGCCGAAUCUCUUCUCGCUCUACGAAAUAUCUACCAGUAACAACUAUGAAAGAAAACUCCAUCCACACGAUCUUCCUAUUCUUAUCCAACAUGCUUGGCCUGAUCCGAAACAGUUUGUGUUUCACCUGAGAAAAAACACCUUAGGAUACCAGAAGCGAAAAGAAAGCUUGGAGUCACAAUCAUCACUUUGUUUUAGGCUGUAUGUUUGAUGAUCACAAGCACUUGCACAUUGCACAAAAUUAGGUACUGUGGAGGAAAAGCACAGAUGUUCAUGGAAAGGCUACUUUUAGACUUAAUGCUCGAGAUGAGGUGAGCCCUCUGGCGAUUCACUCUCCAACUCUGAAGCCAUCUUUUAACAACUUCAAGAACUAUAUUUACAUUUAAAAAAAUCGGUGCAGAAGCAAAAUAUAACUAGUCAGCGAAGAGCAAAUACCCACUUCUACACAGUAUAGUACUGGUUUUCGCUAAUACAUUUUCACUGCUGUCCGACAUCUGAUGAAAAUAUUCCAUUUCAUUUCCUAGUUAACUGACGUGCAGAAAGCAAUUUUCUCAAAAGUAAAUUUUUCGAGAAAAGAAAAUGGUGGGUCCAGGACUUUGUAAAAUCCUGGCGGGGCGCCCUAAAAGCAAAAUAAUGAAAAGGCUCAUGCAAUAAGGAAGAUAACAACGCAUUGUCGAAUGCAUAACACUUUAAAAUCUGGUACAAAUGAACUGACCUACUCUAAUAUACGAAAAUUUUGACUUAAUAUUACGCAGCCAAGUACAAUAAACACAUUUUAUGCACAAAACUUUCACAAACACUUUUUUUAAGAUAAAUUUCACACGAAAUAAAAUCGAUGUUUUUAUACACUGUUAGCUUGAAUUUUAUUUAUUUUUUAACUAUUCAAACGUACACAGUACGCCCUCUACCGGUACCGUCAAGUUAUGUGCAUAAUAUAAUAGUAAUUACCCGUGAGAUGUUUGUUUGAAUUUAUGCACAAAGCUACACAAUGGGCUAUCUGU